CGAUGACUCAAGUGAUUGAUGAUACACCGAAAAAGCUCGAACCUCGUUGAAGUGGCAGCGAUACCGUUACAUUUCAGACUAGACCAGAGUCAAACCGUUCAUUGGCCAAACGAAUAUACACAGAGAAAGAAAACACGAGGUGGAUCAGCCACACUCAUGCCAGUAUGGCUUUAGAUGCGAGUAUAAGAGGUUUCUUAAUGGGGUUUUUAGAAGGGGCGCUCAUCGUAUUGAAUUGAAUGGAAAUAUCGGGAAAAUUUUAUUGUGAGUUGUGGGUCUUUGUUUUUUGGAUCUAGCCGCAAUAAUUAAUGUUUGAAAUGAAGUAGUAACGUGUUUCCCCUUCUUGAAUUUUUCAUCAAAAGGUCGACGUCUGCCAAGCGGAAAAAUCAAAGAGGCACAAAUGAGAAAAAUACGAGAGAAUCUGGCGAUUUUUUUCGUCCCCCUUGUGCCGUUGUUGUUUGCGGACGUGCAAAGUGUGGAGCCUUCUCAAUGUAUCGCUCCUCUUGGGAUGCAAAGUGGUGCAAUCAAAAACCAAGACAUAACAGCAAGUUCAUCAUUUGAUCACGGAAAUGUUGGACCUCAUCAUGGCAGGGUGCGUAAUGAACUCAAUGGUGGAGCUUGGUGUCCGCAAAACCAAGCCACUCCCGAAACAAGAGAGUGGAUUGAAAUUGAUUUACAUAUAGUUCACAUGAUAACUGCCACAGAAAUACAGGGACGGUUUGGUAAUGGCCAAGGAGUUGAAUAUGCUGAACAAUAUGUCUUGGAAUACUAUAGGCCAAGUUUGAAUAAAUGGGUACGUUACCGGUCAAAAGUCAACGGUCACCUUCUUAAAGGAAACGUUAAUACAUACCUAGAGGAAAAAACUAUUCUAGAUCCACCAAUAUGGGCGAGCAAAAUCAGAUUCCUUCCCUACAGUGCUAUACAGAGAUUCGUUUGCAUGAGAGUGGAAAUUUAUGGUUGCAAAUGGUCUGACGGUAUUGAAAGCUAUUCAAUGCCUGAGGGAGAUAAACGAGGAACUAAUUGGGAGUUUCGCGAUUUUGCUUACGAUGGACAAAGAGGAAUGAUUCUUAAACACGGCUUAGGUCAGUUGGUGGAUGGGCAAACAUCCCCAGAUGAUUUUAGACUACCGUUUCAAGAAAUUUCACUCCAAAACUGGAUUGGUUGGAAAAACGAUACCAGAUCACAUCAACCAAUAGAAAUAGUGUUCGAUUUCGAUAAGCCUCGAGAAUUUAGGACAGUGCACUUGUACACUAACAACCAAUUCCUUCGCGAUAUUCAAGUGUUUAGUUGUGUCAAAAUAUAUUUCAGUUUAGACGGUGAACACUAUAAAGGUGAUCCAAUAGUGUACGAGUAUAUUGAAGACAGAAUUUUUGAUAAUGCACGAAACGUGACGGUGAAACUACAUCAUAGAAUGGGAAAAUUUGUGAAGCUUCAACUUUAUUUUGCAGCCAAAUGGAUUUUGAUAAGUGAAAUUAAUUUUGAAAGUUCUAUUAUUGCAGGCAAUUUCACUGAAGAAACUACUGAAGAGGUCAUUGAUUCUAAAAAGUUCAACAUGAGUGAAAAUUUAGUAACAACCUCAAAUAGUGACCAUAUGGGAGUCUACAUAGGGAUUUCGAUUGGUGUUUUAUUGCUUCUGGUGUGUUUGGUAGGAAUAAUGAUUUUCGUGAUAGUCCAACAAAGAAAGUAUAAAAAUAUGCAGAGGCCAAGUCAGAUUGCUGAUAAAGGGACUUUAUAUCAGCCAGCUCCUUUAGAUCUCAUUAAUAUGUCCUCUGACUAUGCUGACAUUCAAGAUUUCGAAUAUGCGGUGCCUCUUCAGGACGGCUAUGCUUCUCCAAGUGAUUCUAUAGCAAAACCAUCAUGUUUGUCUCAGCAAUAUUACGCUGAAAUUCCAGAUUUUAUACCUGCCUCGCCUACAUUACGUAUGUCAGAUUCUCCUAAUCCUAGGCGAUAUAAUAGGUCGCCUCCUGGAAGAUAUAUGAAUCCAAUAGGGCUGUGAUUAUUUCAGAAAUUUUGUAUAAGCUUGAAGGCUGAUUUUGACCAAAUGUAUUCUUUGUACAGUUUAUAUGUGAUUUAGAUAUUGUGUAAAU